UCCGACAUUUGUAUUAGAGUAGACAGCGCUUGCAUCAGCGUGCGUGGACGUUACUCACCGGCAAACUUGCCACUAAUAGUUGCUUAGUUGUGUUGUUUGAAAGUGAAUAUUUUUAGUUUUUAGCCAACGUAGCGGUUUAAGUACCAUCGACUAGAUGAAGCUGUUUGUAAGCGAAGGCAACCCGCACUGCCUGAAGGUGUUAUGUGCGCUAGAAGUGACUGGAGCUCAGUGUGACGUUCAGUUUGUCAACCAUGAAGAGAGAAUAGUGCCCUUCCUUAACCGUCCAACUUUACCUGCCCUGCUCCUGCCCAGUGGACUGUACCUGUUUAGUUCCAAUGCCAUCUGCCGAUACAUGUUUGAACUAAAUGGACAAGAAUCCAGUGAACUGUGCAAUCAGUGGCUUGAAUGGGAAGCCACAGAUCUUCAGCCUGCUCUGCUACAGGCUCUUCACAUGGCAGUGGUGCAAGGAAAAGGAUCAGAGGUGUCAAAGGUCCUUCAGGGCCCCCUGAACGUCUUGGACCAAAGCUUGAGCAAAGGAAAUACACCAUAUUUAACAGGGGAAGCUGUUUCAGUUGCUGAUAUUGUUCUGUGCACGGCGCUGUAUCCAGUUUUGUCUGAGUCGUCAUUAGCACUGGGUGAGGGGAGGUCUGUGAAGGCCUGGUUUGACCGCGUAGCUGCUAUGCACAGUUGCCAGUCUGCUGCUCGAAAAGUGCUGCAAGGCAAAGGCCUGCAAGGCAUGAAGAGCUACAUGCAAAGGCAGCCUGCCCCUCACAGCAGCCAGUGCAGGGAAACGCAGCCAUGCAACAGCAGCCCUGCUGAGUGUGAUGAGGGGGAGCGAAUGGUUUCAGAAGAGGAGAUGGAGGCAGCUGUUCAGACUUGGAAUAAAGGUUUGAAUCCUGGCCCACUGGCUGCAGGCAGAAAACACCCCAUUUUGCCACAGGACGGCAAGCGAAACAUCCUGCUGACCAGUGCCUUGCCUUACGUCAACAAUGUUCCGCACCUGGGUAACAUCAUUGGUUGUGUCCUGAGUGCUGACGUCUUCUCCAGGUACGGACGUUUGCGAGGCUGGAACUUGCUCUUUGUGUGUGGGACUGACGAGUACGGCACAGCCACUGAGAACAAGGCCAGAGAGGAGGGUCUGACGCCGCAGCAGAUCUGCGACAAGUACCACGCCAUUCACUCCAGCAUCUACAAAUGGUUCCAGGUUGACUUCGACUUUUUUGGCAGAACCACCACAGAGAAACAGACAGAGAUAGCCCAGGAUAUUUUCUGGAGACUCCACAAGAAUGAGUUCCUAGUAGAAGACACGGUGGAACAGCUGCGUUGUGAGAAGUGUCAGCGCUUCCUGGCUGACCGCUUCGUAGAAGGCACCUGUCCUCACUGCAGCUAUCCUGAAGCUCGUGGUGAUCAGUGUGACAAGUGUGGGCGGCUCAUCAACGCUGUGGAGCUCAGGGAACCUCAGUGUAAAGUCUGCAGAAAGACUCCGGUCAUCCGCUCCUCCAAGCAUCUGUUUCUGGACCUGCCUAAGCUUGAAUCUCAGUUAGAGCAGUGGCUGGAGAAGUCGACCAGCACAGGGGACUGGACAGCAAACGCCAAGCAGAUCACUCGCUCAUGGCUGCGAGAUGGGCUCAAACCUCGCUGCAUCACAAGAGACCUGCAGUGGGGAACGCCUGUACCUCAUCCCGAUUUUAAAGAAAAGGUGUUCUACGUGUGGUUCGAUGCCCCUAUUGGUUACCUGUCUAUUACUGCAAACUAUACGGAUAAAUGGGAGAAGUGGUGGAAGAAUCCUCAGCAGGUGGAGCUGUACAACUUCAUGGCCAAAGACAAUGUGCCCUUCCACAGUGUUGUGUUCCCCUGCUCUCUACUGGGAGCCCAGGACAACUACACUCUGGUCAGCCACCUUGUUGCCACUGAAUAUCUGAAUUAUGAGGACACCAAGUUCUCCAAGAGCCGUGGUGUGGGUGUGUUUGGAGACAUGGCCAAGGACACGGGCAUCCCAUCUGAUGUGUGGCGGUUCUACCUGCUGUAUGUGCGGCCAGAAGGACAGGAUUCAGCCUUCUCCUGGGCUGACAUGGCGUUGAAGAACAACUCGGAGCUGCUCAACAACUUGGGCAACUUUAUCAACAGAGCUGGCAUGUUUGUCACUAAGUUUUUUGACGGCUGUGUGCCUGUGAUGGAGCUACAGCAGGAAGAUAAGAAGCUGCUGGCACUGGUGGGCUGGGAGCUGCAGCAGUACAUCCAGCUCAUGGACAAAGUCAAAAUCCGUGACGCUCUAAAGCACAUCCUAAACAUCUCUCGCCACGGCAACCAGUACAUUCAAGUCAAUGAGCCCUGGAAGAAAAUUAAAGGUGACGAAACCGAAAGGCAGCGUGCGGGCACGGUGACUGGUGUGUCUGUGAACAUCGCCUGCUUGUUGUCAGUGAUGCUGUUUCCAUACAUGCCAACAGUCAGCCAAACCAUCAGGGAUCAACUCAACGCGCCGCAGUCUUGCGUCAUUACCAUGUUACAAGGGACGAGCGGCGCCUUUGUUAGUGCCCUUAAAGCUGGCCACCGCAUCGGCACUGUCAGUCCAUUGUUCCAGAAACUGGAGGUUGACCAGAUUGAAGCUUUGAAGAAGAGAUUUGGUGGACAGCAGCCCGAAGAUGAACCACCUAAGGAAAAGACAACGGCUCAGAGAGCUGCCAGCACUCAGCCGGCCGCCGUGCCAGCUCCUGCGGCGGCGCCGGUGAAUGGAGUGGACCCAGAGAAAGCCGGGCAGCUCACCCAGGCCGUGGCCGAACAGGGGGAGAAGGUGCGAGCACUCAAAGCUCAGAAGGCAGAAAAGGCGGUGAUCACAGCAGAAGUGGCCAAACUCUUGGACCUUAAGAAACAGCUGGCUCUGGCUGAGGGGAAAGGCACUGAGCCUGCACCACAGAAGGGCAAGAAGAAGUGAGGAGGAAAACGGGAAAGCCUAAAUGUUGGAGGUUAGUCAGAGGAAGGAACAGCUAGCAUGGUUUGAGGUAUGGUAGUGAAGAAUGGGAACAAGAUGCACACUAAAAGAGAGAUGAGGGUAUUAGCUUAAGGCAAAGCCGUGACAGGAUCUAAGACAAUGUGGUAUUGGCACCGAGGACUAAUGAAAUGCUGGAUAGGCCGACGGGGAAAUGAAAACACACAAAGAGAGAGUCAAAUGAAUACAGCUACAGAAUGGAAGGAUUUUUCCAAAUCCCUACACCAAAAGAAACUGAUUUUAUACUCAUCCUGUGAUGAAGUCAGCAUACGAUAUUAGCAUGAGAAGGUGUGUUGAGCACUGAAAGUUUUUUUUUUUUUUUUCCAAAAUAUAUUUUCCUCUGGAAAAUAGAUUUUUCUACGUGCUACGAAUGGCCUUUUCCCAAUCAGGAAAUUUGAGUUGUGUUAAAAAUGUUACAACUUUCUUUCUCAAGAACCUCUAAUUUACAGUUUACUACAAAUGCAAUCAUUUAUACACAAGUCAUUAAAAAUCCAAACCAAUAAAGAUUACAUGACGCAGAAAUUUCCAUAUUUUUCUUUUAUUGCAAAUUUGGGAAUACAAUGAAGGAUAAAAUAAAUGUUAUGGUAAAAUACAUGUAUUUGAUGCCAUCAAUAAUAAAAGCCAUGCAUAUUUUUUACACAAUUAAUAAUUUGACGACAAGGAGAAAAUAAAAGCUGAUAUGGUGGCAAAUUACAGUACAAGCCAUUACAGUACAAUUGUAUAUUUUACAGCAUUAUAUAAAAAUAGUAAAGCUGGGCAGAAUGUGUAAUAAUUCUACCACAAAUUCCUGCAUUGUUAGAAAAAGGUCAGCUUAUUAAGUAUAGCCGUUCUAUUUGUUUUAUUGUGAUACACAUACACACACAAGCCGUAGGUUAUUUAAAAAAAAAAGAAGUAGGAAAGGGAAUGAUUUAUCUACCAAAACAGGAUCAUUCUCUCAUACUCACACUGGG